AUGGAGCGGGGCAGCGGGACCCAUCCCGCGGAAAAUAACAGCCCACUGCGCAGUGGGAAGACGGGGAGUGGCAGCAGUGGUGUGUUUUGUAGCAGCGUCCAGGCCAGGCCAAGCUGUCUGCUGCAGGCAAAAACCCACGGCGGCCAACCUGCCCACCCACGUGCUCCGAAUCAUCACCUCCGCCGCCCGCUCUCCACGAGCUUCUGA